UAGUUUAUUGGCUUUCGCACGGAAAGAAAGUAAUCACAAACGAAAAUGCUGAGCCGUUGGUUGACGAUCGUUUGCUUAGCUGGCUGCCUUGGAGGAGCCUUCUCACUGUACGCUCCCAUUUCCGUGGGAGCAAAUGGAAUGGUGAUUAUCGGACGGCUCGCGCAACAAACUGCUACAGUGCUUACCACCUACAACAACACACUGAAUUCAGCCCGCUCGCAGAUAUUUGUCAAAUUGAAUGAUCUCAUGGGUUGGGUGAACAUAACCUACACAGCGUUGAACAAGACCUGGGGUGCAAAUCAAACUUCUAUGCCAGAUAUCGCUCAGAGUCUAACGCAGUUCAACACAACUGUGGGAUACGGGGAAUCGUCCGUCACCUCGAUUUUUGCGGAUGAUUUGGCUGAUCUUACCCAGGCCCUGGAUCAAGGUAUUAGUCCGAUUUUGCAGUACUACAGAAUGUUAAUGCAGCAAAUGGCCUACACAGCCAAUGUUGAGAACUGUACGAACCGUAACGCCAGCCAGAUGUCAGAUGUUCCAAAUCACCUGUACAACUUGGCGAACUGUCUGCAAAUGGUUACGAACUCAAUAACGACGACACUUCCGACCGUACUUAACAUGAUAUCGGUUGUGAAAAGUGAUUUCGUUUCGUUAGUCAACCAGUUACAAUCCUGCAAUCCUCUGUCAACUACAUGCCAGAAUUACUAUUUCGAACAGAUCUAUGGAGAGUACAGUGCUGAUAUGAUGAUGCUAAGCAUGGUGAUGCAAUACAUUUCGAAAGCUUUCCAAGAUGCCUCAGGCCGCAACCGAUUGUGUUCUUCACUCGUACAAUCUGAUAUUCAAGAUACUUUGAAUAACUUGGAUAAUACGUUUUCAUUGUGUGCCUGGCCUCCGUCGUAAAAGAAUCUAAUCGUCCGAACAAUAAUAGGGUACUGUAGUUAAUGUCUGCUAUGUAAUAAAACGAAAAUUUGUUU